AUGGGACAAACAAAAUCUAAAUCUCCUUCCUCUUCCAGCAAAGUUCCCAUGCCUGAACAAGACUCACCUUUUAGGAGCUCACCCAGCUUCACAGACAAAGGGAAGCAGAUAAUCCCAGUCUCACAAUCACCCUCUCACAAUUCUCAACCAGACAAUGUGGCUUCUAACUCACCUCCGGAAGAAACAACACCUCCACCUCCUGCAUCAAUAAUGAAAACAGUACCAGCUCCUCAUAACAGUUCACAGGAGCUUCUCAUUCCAAUAGAAGAGGAACCAAUACCCAGCAAGAUGAUGGAUGUUGAAACUUUACCUUUUGCUCCAUAUGGCCAAUCCAUCAUCUCCUUGACUCCGGUCCGCGUAAAACCCUCCGGCCCACCUCUCUGA